UUUUACGGACGUACUUGUGCACUCCGGAGCGGUCCUCACUAGUUACCACAGACACAAAGUCAUACAAGCCGCCUAUUUCUACAAAUACGCUUCUUAAAAUGUGAUUUUGAACCUAAAAUUAACCACACGACCAACCUUAUACCUAACCUUAAAUUAAGACCAAAAAGCUAAUUUUUGUUUUCCUGCAUUCUUACGAUAUAACAAUUUAGACUUUGUGGCUGUAGUAACUAGUGGAAUUCCUCCGGAGCCGAAUUCGUUACGCCAUUGUACAAUUAGUUUAUUUUUCAGACUUUGGAAACACUUUUCUAUCUCAGUUGUCUGUUCGGUGUUGAAACUAUAGGGAAUCCGGUAGUGAUAAGAGCACGAGCGUGACUGAACAACAGCUGACAUCAUGGCAACGGACUCCUGGGCCCAGGCUGUGGACGAACAAGAAGCCGCGGCAGAAUCGAUUGGUAGCCUGCAAAUCAAAGACAAGCCUGAGGAAAAUGGCACAGCAAGCACGGCAACGACAACAACAACCACAGCAGCAGCAAGUGCUUCAACGCCUGCAAAGACAGAAGGAGGCGAGGGAGACAAAACAGGGGAGGAAGACCACAAAGAUGACAAGGCGGCACAAUCGUUGUUGAAUAAGUUGAUACGCAGUAAUCUAGUGAACACAACCAAUCAAGUAGAGGUCCUUCAGCGGGAUCCUAACUCUCCACUCUACUCUGUCAAAUCAUUUGAGGAGCUGCGGCUUAAACCUCAGCUGCUUCAGGGAGUAUACGCCAUGGGCUUCAACCGCCCCUCCAAAAUCCAAGAGAACGCUUUACCCAUGAUGCUCGCAGAACCCCCACAGAACCUGAUAGCCCAGUCUCAGUCGGGGACGGGGAAGACGGCUGCCUUCGUCCUGGCCAUGCUCAGUCACGUCGACCCCAACAACAAGUUUCCUCAGUGUCUGUGUGUGUCUCCCACUUAUGAGCUGGCCCUGCAGACAGGGAAGGUCAUUGAGCAGAUGGGGAAGUACUACUCAGAGGUCAAACUAGUCUACGCCAUCAGAGGAAACAAAUUGCAGAGAGGCACGCAGCUCCAGGAGCAGGUAGUGAUUGGGACGCCAGGCACCAUGCUGGACUGGUGUCUGAAGUUUAAAUUCAUCGACCCCAAGAAUAUUAAAGUGUUUGUCCUGGAUGAGGCUGAUGUUAUGAUUGCUACACAGGGACACCAGGACCAGAGCAUACGCAUUCAAAGGAUGCUACCCAAACAGUGUCAGAUGCUCCUGUUCUCUGCCACGUUUGAGGAGACUGUGUGGAACUUUGCCCAGCGCAUCGUCCCAGAACCCAACAUCAUCAAGCUGAAGAGGGAAGAGGAGACGCUGGACACCAUCAAGCAGUACUACGUCCUCUGUAACAGCAAAGAGGAGAAGUUCAUGGCCCUCUGCAACAUCUACGGAGCCAUCACCAUUGCUCAGGCCAUGAUCUUCUGUCAUACAAGGAAGACGGCGGGCUGGCUGGCAGGUGAGCUGUCCCGGGAGGGACACCAGGUGGCGCUGCUCAGUGGGGAGAUGCAGGUGGAGCAGAGAGCUGCUGUCAUCGACCGCUUCAGAGAAGGAAAGGAGAAGGUCCUGGUCACCACCAACGUCUGCGCCAGAGGUAUCGACGUGGAGCAGGUUUCCGUGGUGAUAAACUUUGACCUGCCGGUGGACAGAGACGGUAACCCAGACAAUGAGACAUACCUGCACCGGAUUGGCCGCACGGGUCGUUUUGGGAAGAGGGGAUUGGCCAUCAACAUGGUGGACAGCAAGUUCAGCAUGAACGUCCUCAACAAGAUCCAGGAUCACUUCAAUAAGAAAAUUGAGAAGCUGGACACAGAAGAUCUGGAUGAGAUUGAAAAAAUCGCCAGCUGAAGAGAGAGAGUCUGUACGUCUACAACCUGACUGCUCUAGCCUCAGCCCCCUUCUUACCUUCCACACCAAGCCCCUCAGAUUCCUCCGCCCCCCAAACCCCCACGGACUGUACUCCUACAGUGUUUUAGAUUUGUAUUUUUGCGUCGGAGAGAAGAGCAAAGCCACAAACACAGCUAUAAUGUUUACAUGUGGUGGAAAUGUUUUAUAUCUCUGAUAUUUUUAAUAAGUCUCUGAAAUGUACCGGUUUCACUCUUUGUACUUUCUUAAUGAGUAAAGUCUGUAAUAUUAGGUUAUAAUUAUUUUAUGUGUAAGUGUGCAUUGUAAUGGCAUGAUACAUUGGUAGGUUUGGAGCACAAUGGAUUGAGCUUAUGAAAAACAUUUAUUUAUGCAAAUUAAUGUUACUAGUAGUACCGGUAUCUUCCCUGUUCAAGCAUUUCUUUUGGUGGAGUGGAAACAAGCGCUCUCAUUUUACAUCGAUUUUUGUAUAAAGGCCCAGUGCAGUCAAA